CGCCACAGCCGUUGGCAGCGUACACACAUCGUAUGGGACUACUGUACUGCGAUCAUCGGCUGCAUGCAAACGGCCACGCUGCUGUUGCCGGACAUCCGGCUGACGCCAGAACCGGUAGCCACGCCGGAGAAGUUCCGGUCCGGACAUUGUCACUUGGAACUCACCCCCGUCUGGCAGUACGUGGUCAAGAAGAACCGGUUUCCGUCGCACGUCGACCGGCAAGAAGUGUUCACCGAGCUGGCCGUCAGACUCCAACAUCCGGAAUGGCAGGUUAGACUACACGGUUGCCGGGUGCUAGCCUACAUCGUGCCUGCGGUGGGUCCACAGUUGGACGCGUUGAUGUCGCCUACGGUGCUGCCGAUGGUCAUCACUAACCUGGCGCACUUUUCGCCAGCCCUCAGGAGCAGCUCCAUGGAUGCCUUACUGGUGUACGUGCAACACUCUUCAGACCCGGAAUUCGUGCUAAAAUCAAUGAUCGUCCAGGGUUUGGACGUGCCCGGCGCCAAGUCAAGUCUUACCGUAAACGUGAUGGAGUGUGUCCCGGUGGUGCUGCAGCAGAUAGUCAAAAGGAACGGCGAUCGACCGAUCGCCAUCCCCACCUUCGUGCAUUUGGUGACCGCUUUGUCAAAUAAAAUGGUACAAGCGACAUUUCAACAAGCCGCCGUCUACUGUCUAGACAGGGUGAAAGAUAUAGUUGGACGAAACAAAUUCGAUCAUUAUCUGGAAACGUUUCAUCCUGUGAUAAAAAAGGACUUUGAGGUGCUUUGCGAAGUGUACCGGAUAUCCUCGUCGUCCGGACAGGAUUCUUCGGUGUCGUCGUACGAGGAAGAGGAAGAAGAAGACAACGACGAGGUAGAGAUGCCGAAAACCCCAAGGAGAGUGACUUUUGGCGGCGAACGCAUCAAGAUCCGCAGUCCUGAUGAAAUCGACAUAUUAAUCAAGCCCACCGGCAUCCCGGUACCGCUUCGGCCGGCUCUUAGCAUGCCCAAACAUCCCAGGGGAGAGGACAGGAUACAAUCCAAACCAACGCAGCCGCUCGUACCGCCGUCCGUACAGACCACACGAAACGUCCGACAUUUUAGUAAUUUUCUCAAUCACGACCGACAAGUCGACCAAGUCAGACCGUAUACGCUUCCGCCUCUGAGACAGUCAAAUUUUAAACAAUUCUCAAGUUCUCGGAUAGGACCGUUGUUAGGGACGCCGCCCAAAGGAAAUUUGAACGAUAGAAUAUUGUUUUAUAAAGGAUAUUUUUCCCCGCACGCGAUUCUCUCUGUCGGAAGAACCUGUGAUUCGUUCGAUAAAAAGUAUGAAAAUCUAAACGAGAUGAAAAUGGACACAACGCCCAAAAACCUCGAAUCCCCAGCCAAAUUGACCAGGCCCACGUUCUGCAUGACUGUAGUGCCGGAGAGUAGAAUAGAAAAACCUUCGGUGGAAACGGCCGCUGUUCCUGCAAAAGAAAAUCAAAAUAAAACUCACAAUCAGACGACGUUGAUCGCAGAUGAUCUAUCCACGGCUAAUCCGGAUCACCACGUGGACAUUGUCACUGUCAUGCCGGUCUACAGGCGACAGGUGGUCGACCCGGAUGACCGUCUUAGAGGAUUUCUGAACGAGACCAAAUCUUUGUCACAGACUACCGUGGCCGCGAAACCGGCUCCCAACGUCCAAUUAUACACCACCACCGUAGAUAAUAUAAGACCCCAAAAUUGCAACGAUAAACCCGUGGCCGAAGUCAAGCCGACGAAGACUAUGAAGACAUUAGCGGUAAGGAGAAAAUCUGCUGUGAAAUUGCCAAACAAAAUUGACAGAAGACCAAAUAGCGAGCCGGGGCCCAACUUUACCCCGUUCGACGACCCUCACAAGGCUCUCCAGUUGAUUAUUCCUCAAAUCAACAGCACCGAAUGGGAAGCUGCCGUUACCGGUUUACAGAACAUUUCCCGGUUGGCCAUUUUCCACGGUAAGGAGUUACGACCGAGCGCUUUGCAGCCAUACGGUCGCAUAAUUGCCAAACACAUACGGUGUCUUCGGUCACAAGUGGCUCGAGCCGCCUGUACGGCUACAGAGAAAAUGUUUACCCAUGUGCCCAAGUCGGUGGAGCCAGAUAUCGAAGAAAUAGCGUCGGCUCUAUUUCCUCGAACUGCCGAUACAAACAAAUUCUUGAGAACGCAGAGUUUGGAUGCACUCAACGCAAUGGUAGACAACGUAAACCCAUGUAAAUGUGUAUUGGUAAUAACGACUAGAGGCGUUAAGCAUGGAAACCGCUUGGUUCGUGCCGAAGCGUGCAACCUCUUGGCCAAAAUAGUCGAUAAGCUUGGUGUAAACGGAACUCUCCAUUUACCGACGGAAGCACGCGACGCUGUGAUAACCGCUGCUACUAGUUUAGUGAUUGACAAUACGCCCACUUCUCGGCAAGCAGCUCAACAUAUACUAGCCAAGUUGAGUGAAGAUCCGAGAGGUGCUGCGCUCAUAUCGUCAGCUGCAUCGCCAAACGUUAAAGCGACGUUAAAUAAAUCUUUGUCGAGGAUAUUUCUCAAAUGAAAUAUUAUACCUUUGAUCAAUGCAUUUAUUUGAAUACUACAAAAUCGAA